UAAGUCACUCUUGCCACUUCACGCAAGCAGGACUUUACUUUGUAUGUUACUACUGUUGCUUCUUUCAUUGGAACUGUACGAGUCCAUAUUGACGUUAAUUUCAUUGUCGUCGAUCUCAACUAUGAUUGCUGUAUUAUUUUGUUGGAUAAUACAUCGCGAAACCGAGAUCAGAGAUGGCUUUGGUACCGCCGUGUCGGGAGGUGGAUUUACGAUAAUCGGUCUCUCACGAGCAUGGAAGUUUUUAUAUUUAUGCAGAUUCGGCCUGUCCAUCCAAUACGUUCGCGUUGCAACAACGGGGAUCACCGCCGCUUGUUGUGGAUUCCUAGCUAUUAUUGAUUCUUAUACCCUUUAUCGUAUGAUGCAGAAGAGCAGGCGGUACACCGUUAAGAAGCCCGAUAACGUUAGAAACUCCUACAUACACUCUACCUCGCCAUUCCUCAGCAGGAUCACCUUCUACUGGGUGACUGACCUGUUGUUGCGCGGUUAUCAUACGCCGCUUGAACUCCACGAUCUUGGACAACUUCCGGAAGAGGAGACCACGAGGAACCAGUUCGAACGUUUUCGCGAGAUUUACGAAAUCGAAAAACUGCGAUGCCGUGGACGGAAAUUGUCUUUAUGGAAAUGUUUCUGGAAACGGAUAUGGUUGACUUUUGCGACGGGUAGUGUUUUGAAACUUUUCGGCGACGCUGUGACUUUGGUGGGUCCCAUGACGAUUCCGAAGAUCAUUAAUUAUGCGUCAAAUCUGCAAAAUAGCACCGUGACGAAUAAAAGUUUUCCUUCGAAGGAAGCCAUGACAUUUUCCCAAAUUCUGAGAAAUGGAUAUUUCUUGGGGGUAGUAGUUUUUCUUGCCAUCAUUUUGCAAAGCACGUUAAAGCAAGCCUCCACUCACGUGCUCUACGUCGGAGGAAUACGUUUGCGAACGGCUCUUCAGGCACUGAUAUACGACAAGGCACUUCGAUUAUCUUCUUGGAGUAUCUCCGAAGAAGAGAAGCCAUCUGACAAAAAUAAAGAGCAGCAAUCUCAUCAACAAGUAGCUGACGUUGGAACUUUGACGAAUCUCAUGGCCGAAGAUGCAUACAACGUAAUGAAUUUCUUCUGGUUCGUUCAUUACAUCUGGGCUGUACCAUUAAAAAUUACCACCAUCAUUUUCCUUCUGUACUUGAAAUUGGGUAUCAGCGCGAUUAUCGGCGUAAUUUGUUGCAUAUUGAUCGUCACGCCGUUGCAGCUGCUACUCGGGAAACGAAUGUCCGAAAAUUCCAAAUCCAUAGCGGAGAAAAGCGACACGCGCCUUCGUCUACUUAAUGAAAUUCUUCAAGGGAUACGGCUCAUUAAGUUACGGGCCUGGGAAAAUCUUUUUGAAGAUCGCAUAUGCAGAGCCAGGGAUCAGGAAUUAAAGCUGCUAAAAAAAGACUCCGUUUACUGGACGCUCAUCAACUUUCUGACGCAUGUCUUUUCCGUCUUGGUAUCUCUCUUCACAUUCGGAAUUUACUUCUGGUUGGAGAAACGAAAUCUCGAUACGGGGAACGUUUUUGCCAGUCUCGCGCUCUUUUCGCAGCUAACUAUGCCGCUUUUCAUCUUUCCGAUGAUAGUGCCGAUUAUCAUCAACGCCAUGAUCUCUACAACAAGACUAGAGAAGUUUUUUCAGCUUCCAGAGAUCGUGAACAUUCUCCCCGAACCAAACGAUCGAAAAUCAACAGCAGAUAUAUUGCCAAAGGCAAAUUUAUACACCAAUAAUGACGUAGAAGCAAUUAACAGCAUAGCAACUUUCGGAUCGCUGGGCAAUAUUGUGGAAGACGAGGAAGAUCCUCAAUCAAGUAUCUUCCGUGAAAUCGAUUUACCAAUUGAUUCUUCACUCGAUACGGUAUUCGAAAAAGAUUCGGAAGUGCCCGAAUCUGUCCUCAAAAUUACGCCGAGUACCUUCACCUGGGGAUCUGAUGAAAAUACAUUAAUGGUUAACGCUCUCAAUUUUCCACGAGGACAACUUACAAUAAUAGUAGGAAAAACCGGAAGUGGGAAAACUUCUUUAUUGUUGGCGCUUCUAGGAGAAAUUCAGAAAACAAGCGGAAGCGUUGAAUGGACCAAAGGUUUGAAGAUUGCCUACGUGGCGCAACAGCCAUGGCUCCAAAAUGCGACCUUGAGGGACAAUAUUCUCUUUGGGUCUGCAUAUCAAUCGCGAAGAUAUCACAAUGUCUUACAAGCGUGUGCUCUUCAACCGGACGUGGACAUACUUCCCGGUCGAGAUCUGAUUAGGAUUGGCGAACGGGGUAUCAAUUUGAGCGGCGGACAGAAGCAAAGGGUUACCAUAGCCCGAGCUCUAUACAGUGACGCCGAUGUCAUUCUCCUGGACAAUCCACUGUCGGCCUUGGAUCAACACGUCGGUCAGCAGAUCUUCGAUUACGGCGUGAGAAAACUCCUACUAAGAAACGGCCGAACGGUGAUUAUGGUCACUCACAAAUUGGAGCUGUUAUCGGCUGCUCAUCAGGUAAUUGUCAUGGAUGGCUGUCGAGUUCGCGCGGUUGGAACAAAAUCCAGUAUCGAGGAUGUGGAUUCUGGAUUAGCGGCGGAGUGGCGAAUCGCGAAUUCAAGGCGCGAAGGCGAGGAUCACUUUCAAAAAACUGCCAGGGAUAGAUGGUCCUUAAUCAAACUAGUCUAUAAGAUUGGAAAGAACAAAAGGAGAAGACACGUUAGUGACGGGUCGUGGAUCACCGACCGCGAUGCCCAUGUGAAUCCGUCAGCGUUCGUACCUUUAAGACUGCGCCAAACAACUCCAUCCGGAUCGAGGUACUGGAGUCACAUUCUCACGGAUCUUUCGGUAUCAACGGAAGAAUGGGACACCGUCAGGAAACGAUCAAGGACGCAUCGCGACAUCGUCAGAUUGACGAGCCUCCAAGCGCAAAAACGGCCGCCACCGAUUUUCCGACAGAGCAGCACGCCGAUGAUUCUUGAAAAUCGACAUGUGCCACCAAGGAAAAGGAACAACACUUACGACAACGGGCAGCCUAGCAGCGUGCUAAAGCAAUUCUUCUCUGCAAGGUAUUCAGAUGAAACGGCAAUAAGCAAAGACAGAAAUGUUCUGUCUCGACUGAUGCCAGGUUCUAACAAGAUUACUCCGCAUCGGGAUCAACAUCAUCAUCUUCCGGUGAAACGAUUGUUAUCAAUGGAAUCGCAAACUACCGUUGACAUAGAUGACAUGGAAGAAACUUUGAACGAUGAAGACGUGGAUGAACCGGACGAACUAGAAGUCGACGAUAAAAGUGGAAUGGUCAAUAAAAUGAUUUGGCUGGAGUAUCCGAAGGCUGCUGGAUGGCUACCGGAACUCGUUUACGCUAUAUCAGCGCUGGCCUUCCAAAUCCUUCGCGUGUAUAUUGACUUAUGGCUCCCUGAAUGGCUAAUGAAAAGCAUUUAUUCGCCAGCGAAUACGAGAUCCUACUUUAUGAUGUACAUCAUCAUAACCGUGGGCUCCAUUUUUUUAUCAAUACUCUAUAACAUAUCCGGUCAAUGGGCAGGUGUCAAAGCGAGACGGAAGUUACACGAAGAAGCUGUUGGUGGACUUUUCGGCGCUCCCGUCUCAUUCUUCGAAUAUAAUCUCAUUGGAAAAAUCCUGAGUAGGUUUAGCGCAGACAUGAGUAUCAUAGAUAAGAAAAUGGCUACGGCAAUCCAGAGAUUGACAUCUUUUGUACUACUCUGCGGCUCAGUGAUUAUCAUCAAUAUUAUUACGUCACCGUGGUUCUUGAUCGCCGUUGUACCAAUUAGUUGCGCUUAUUAUGCAUUGCAAAAAUUCUACUGGCGGGGCGCCAGACAGUUACAAUGUCUAGAUGGCAGUACGAGAGGACCGGUAGUGGCAUAUUUCUCAGAAACCUUGUCCGGCCUUCCAACACUGAGGGCAUUCAAGCAAGAGGAUCGCUUCAUGGGGGAGAUGAUGAAACGCCUUGACAUAAACACCAACGCAUUUCUCAUUCUGAACACCAGCAGCAGUUGGUUCGGCAUCGCAUUGGAUUAUCUGGGCGCCGUUAUCGUGGUAGUAGCUAUCUGUACGGCUUUACUUUCGGCCGAAUUAUACCCAAGCCGUGUAACACCUAAACUAGUAGGCCUGGCAAUCAAUUAUGCUCUCUUAGUACCAGUAUUGAACUGGAUGAUGAAGUUCAGCGCAGAAGUCGAGUUAUAUAUGGGGAGCGUAGCUCGAAUUUGCGCAUACAGGAACGCACAACCGGAGAAACUUGACGAAAACGGUUUACAGGUAGCCAAUGACUGGCCUAAUAAAGGCGAGAUCUUUUUUGAGAAUGUCUCUCUGCGCUACGAUGCAGACAGAAAUCCGGUGAUCACAGAUUUGUCUUUGAAAAUACCAGCUGGGCAAAAGUUGGGCAUUUGUGGAAGAACCGGUAGCGGAAAAUCAUCGACCGUUAUGGCCCUAUUCCGAUUGAUCGAGAUCAGCCAAGGACGCAUCCUGUUGGAUGGCAUUGACAUCCGGCAAGUGCCUCUUCGAAUAUUGCGAUCGCGGUUAUCGGCUAUACCGCAGGAUGCAAUAAUGUUUAGCGGCACGAUCAGAGAAAAUCUGGAUCCAUUUUCGGAACACGAAGACCAAGAAAUCUGGCGAGCCUUGGAGCUUUCGCAAAUCAAGGAUGUCAUAGCUUCGUAUCCCGAAGGAUUAAAUCUCGAGGUACGAGAAGGCGGCGAGAACUUUUCAGCCGGUCAACUGCAACUGCUUUGCAUGGCACGUGCGAUCCUUCAGCGAUCGAGUAUCGUCGUACUCGACGAGGCAACCAGCGCGCUUGACAUAGCCACUGAGAAGUCGCUCCUGAAAGCGGCUGCUGUCGCUUUCGAGGACAGAACUGUGAUCACCAUCGCGCAUCGAGCGGCGGCUUUGUUGAAUUGUGAUCGCAUCAUUGUUUUCGACGAGGGCAAAAUCAUCGAAGAGGGCUCACCGGCAGAUUUAAUGCAAAGACAGAAUGGAGUCUUUUCCGCGAUGAUCAAAGCGGUCGAGCAAAGCGGCGAACAACGAUGAGAAAAUGUCAAUUAACUUUACAAAUAUAUACUGUCGAUUUAAGAUACAAAUUCAAAGACUGCUUUAGGAUAGGAAAGUUUCUCUGUAACGACGUUAUAAGAUAUAUAUGUAUAUACAUAUAUGUAUAUGACAAAGCUUUAUUUUUUGUAUUAAUC